ACUGAACUGUGCCACGUACAAGUGUGGGAUCGACCAUGGUUACAUGAUACACGAGUUCUGAGACCAAUCUCGUGUGAGCCAUUGAAAGCAACCACUCCUGAAAACAAAAACUAAUGUGGAAUCGAUUACGGGGCAUGAGCACCAAAAGGAGCAGCAGGAAUUACCAGAGCGUUUGAGAAGGAAUGUAAUCAAGUUUGGUGGUGACGACCAUGACUACAUUCAUAUGGGCGUGUUUAAAAAGUUCAUGACUGAUUUUAACAAGACCUACGAAAGUAAAGAUGAUAUGAUGUACAGGUACAAGGUGUUUCGCCAAAACAUGAAGAGUGCUUUCAAGCUUCAAAAGGCUGACCAAGGCACUGCUACUUAUGGAGCAACUCAAUUUGCUGAUUUGACAGGGGAAGAGUUUAGAAAAAAUUACCUAACACCAGUAUGGGACCUAGAAAAUCAUCCUAGGGAUACAGCCCAGAUUCCACAGAUAGAGGUGCCAGAUUCCUUUGACUGGAGAGAUCAUGGAGCUGUCACACCUGUGAAAAACCAGGGAAUGUGUGGAUCAUGUUGGGCUUUCUCUGUUACUGGUAACCUUGAAGGGAAGUGGGCUAUCCAGAAAGGACAACUGUAUGAACUUUCUGAACAAGAAUUGGUUGACUGUGACAAGUUGGAUGAGGGCUGCAACGGGGGACUGCCUAGUAAUGCCUACAAGGAGAUAAUUAGACUUGGUGGGCUGGAGAGUGAGAAAGAUUACCCAUAUGAUGGCAGAGAUGAGAAAUGUUCAUUCUCUAAGCGUGAGGUAGAAGUCUACAUUAAUGGCUCCGUAACCAUCUCGAAGGAUGAAUCAGAUAUGGCUGCAUGGUUGGUGAAGAAUGGUCCUAUCUCAAUUGGCAUCAAUGCAAAUGCUAUGCAGUGGUAUUUCGGAGGCAUUUCUCACCCAUGGCGAAUCUUUUGCAAUCCCACUUCCCUAGAUCAUGGAGUUCUCAUUGUUGGGUUUGGUGAAGAGGAUGGGAUAUCAUACUGGAUCAUCAAGAAUAGCUGGGGAGAGUCGUGGGGUGAGAAG